AUGGCGGCCAUCUUGGAGGCGAGGCGUCCGCCUCACCCGGACGUGACGACGAUUCCCACUCCGCCGUUGCAACGGACCGCUCUUUUCAUCAACUUCUUCUUCCCUGCCUUGGCUGUUGUUGCAGUAGGCCUGCGAGUGUUCUCCAGGGUCAAGUCACGUCAAUGGGGCCUCGACGACUGGCUGAUCGUUGCCGCAUUGAUCUUCUCUCUCUUGAUGACGGGUCCCUUUUACAUGGACAUUAAGCUAUCAUACAUCGGAUGGAGAAUGGAGGAUGUGCCCGAAUUCGAUCCCGCGCCAGGAAAGUGGUGGUUCUACCUCGCCCAGCUCUUCUACAACCCCGUCCUCGCCCUCGUUAAGGCAUCGGUUCUCGUCUUCCUCCUACGUCUCGGGUCGCAUCAGCGUUGGGUCCGCUGGUUCAUCUAUGGCCUCAACACCUUUAACGCUCUCCAGGCCAUCGCCGUUUUCCUUGUCGCUCUCUUGCAAUGUAUCCCCAUCUCAGCCAACUGGGAUGCGGCGGCCAUGGCGACGGCUAAAUGCGUCGAUGUCUCGUUUCACGUUACUAUCUCGUGCUUAACCAUCUUUACCGAUAUCUUGGUGUUGAUUAUUCCUUUCUGGAUUUUCUUAGGUCUCAAGAUGCCUAAGGCAGCCAAGGUUGCUUUGAUGGGUGUUUUCACCCUUGGUAUUGCAGUGCUUAUCAUCGCCAUCGUUCGUCUCGUUCAACUCUACAAUCUCUUCUACGCGCCACCAGAUCCCGAUGCGGACCCUUACCAUAACAUCGGCAUCACGCUCAACACGGUCGAAGUCAACCUCGCCAUCAUCUGUGCUUGUGGUCCCGCCCUCCGACCUCUCUUCCGUGCCUGGCUGCCUACUCUCUUCGGCGGCUCUACGAACAAGUACGGUCUCUCGGGCAAGAAGAACACUCACAAUCUCUACGGCGACGGUCGUUCCCAUCUCAGCGGUACCCACCGACAAAAUAUUACUAGCACGGGCCCUAGCAUUGCCCUCAAGGGUAUGAGGGGAAGCAGGAGCCAGCAUACGGAGUGCCGCAGUGUUUCACCCAGUGGAUCCGAGGAAGAGAUUAUGACAUAUAACGGCAUCCUCAGGACUACGCAAGUCAAGCUGCACUACGACAAUGAUACGCAGAGUGACUUGAAGGCGCCAGGUCCUGCAUAA